GUCGAUAAAACGCCUCACGAUGACGUCAUUAAACAUGGCGCCGGCCAGGAAACGCAACGUGAGUUCGAUGAAAACAUCAAAACUAAACAUAAAAAAAGCUAAAGUUGAUGCAGACAGUAUUGUUGACCGUAUCAUUGAAAGCAGAAAGAAUGCCAACGACGUCUUUGACGUUCUUCAACUCCUUCAGUCAGAUAAAGAGAAGGAUGUUACCAAUGCUAUUAACUCGUGUAGCAGAUUGUUUUGCACAUCGUUGGAGAAAAAAGAUCUGUAUAGGGGGAAUCUCCCUGCAGAGGAUGAGGCGUUGAGCGGAGACUUCAGUGCGGAGGAGAAGUACCGGGUCUUCAUGCGACACCGUUACAAUAGUUGUGUGGAGAUCUUGCUUGAGCAUCUCAACCACGAACUUCAUGACGUCAAGGAAAGUGCCUUGUGCUGCUUGAUGCAAUUCGCAGCCGGAGAAGGACAACAUCCACUGGAGGACUUGGACUGGAGUGAACAUUACAGCUUCCCAAGGGAUCUGAUCCAGACAUUGGUGGACAACAUUUUGUCUAAGACCACGGACAAUUCCCUCCUGAUCUCCAGGUUCCAGGAGUUUCUUGAGAUGGAGGAUUUGCGCUACUAUGUCAUGAGCUCUAUCCGAGAGAACAUUGGCAAAGUCAUGGACAAAAACAAAGGCGCUGUGAUGUCCGUAUAUCAGUACAACGUGUUUACCCUCAUGUCCAACAUCAGCAUGCCAAGCCAGGAAUCAGAGCUAACCAACUUCAUGGUUAAACAGGAAGCCAAGCAUGAUGACUGGAAAGCUGCUAAACUGAGUGACCACAAGCGCGCCUUUGAAAGGAUGUGGCUUGGUUUUCUCAAAAAUAAAUUGCCAAACAGCAUGUAUAAAAAGGUUCUGGUGAUCCUUCAUGACUCAAUUCUGCCGAACAUGAGCAAACCCACACUGAUGAUUGACUUUUUGACUGCGGCUUAUGAAGUUGGUGGGGCAAUCAGUCUGCUGGCCCUCAAUGGCCUUUUCAUCCUCAUACAUCAACACAACCUGGAUUAUCCUGAUUUUUAUAAGAAGUUGUACAAUCUUCUUGAACCAUCUGUUUUCCAUGUGAAGUACAGAGCCCGUUUUUUCCAUCUGGCCAACAUCUUCCUGAGCUCCACCCACUUGCCAGUUUACUUGGUGGCUGCGUUUGCCAAACGCCUGGCUCGUCUGGCUCUCACGGCUCCGCCUACAGCUCUUCUCAUGGUGCUGCCCUUCAUCUAUAACCUGAUCCGCCGCCACCCUUCCUGCAGAAUCCUCAUUCACAAACCCAGCACAGAAGAUGAACCUCUCGAGGAUCCGUAUAUGAUGGAUGUAGAGGAUCCUGCUCAUUGUCGUGCUUUAGAGAGCAGCUUGUGGGAAAUUAAGACACUGCAGAAGCAUUACCAUCCAGAUGUUGUCAAAGUAGCUAUGCUGAUUAACAAACCCCUUUCAGAGCAAGAGGAUGACAUCGAUGAGGUGCUAGAGAUAACAACAUAUGAGUUGAUGGAGAAAGACCUGAAGUCUCAGAACAAAAGUAUCCCCCUGGAGUUUGACACGGCGUCACAGUUACUGAAAGAAGGCAGAGAUGUGCUGGGGCAGCACUUUUGUCUGGUUUAAACAUGAAUAAAAACAACUCACUGCAUUCUCUAAGUGAUAUAACUUUUUUAAAUGAUUUAUCAUUAAAGUUGAAGCUGGUAGGAGUUUGGACUCAAUCUGGAGUAUGGAAACACUGAAAGAUGGACAAAAGUUUUGAGUUCCUUCUUUAAAUCAGUAACUACCCAUUGUAUUUCAUGUUCUUUUUCUCUAGCAAUAAAUUUUUAUCUAAUUUGACUCAAGUCGUGUUUUAAUGUUUUUGCCUGUGGCUGUCCACACUCUUAUUUUUGAACAAUAUUGAAUUAAAAGAAAAGGAAAAGUCA